AUGGGGCACCACUCCUGCUGCAACAAGCAGAAGGUCAGGAGGGGCCUGUGGUCGCCAGAGGAGGAUGAGAAGCUCGUCAAGUACAUCUCCACGCAUGGCCAUGGCUGCUGGAGUUCCGUCCCCAGACAAGCUGGGUUGCAGAGGUGCGGCAAGAGCUGCAGGCUGCGGUGGAUCAACUACCUGAGGCCGGACCUCAAGAGGGGGAGCUUCUCGCAGGAGGAGGAGGCGCUCAUCGUUGAGCUCCACAGGGUUUUAGGGAACAGGUGGGCCCAGAUAGCCAAGCACCUCCCUGGCAGGACGGACAACGAGGUGAAGAACUUUUGGAACUCCACCAUCAAGAAGAAGCUCAUAUCCCAGGCCGUGGGCAGCCUUCACGCCGGUAACAUCCCUUCCCCUGCAGACUUGUACUACAGCAUUCUUGACGGAGCGGCAGGACAAGGCAUGGCAGCUCCACCCGGGUGCGCGUCGUUGAGCGCGCUGGAUCACAUUCACAAUGCAGCUCAGGCAGGAGCCGUCGCGCAGUCCCCUCCAUCUUCGGCGCACAACUCUACGUCAUGGCUCAGCUUCGCCUCUCAGCCGAUGUUCCUCCCCAGCCACGGCGCCGACCUCCAGUACGCCGUCGACGGGGAGUUCAUCAGGCUGUGCCGCGCGGCGGAGAACCCUUACGGCCCCGAGAACGACGCCGGCCUCUUGGCUCAGGAAGUCGCCGGCGCCGCCGCCGGCGAUCGGAGCUGCAUCCCGACGUUUGUCGAGCCGAAGGGCGCCGUCGUCGAUCCGGCCAUGGGCCCGGUGGCGGACUUCAUGGACGCCAUCCUGGGUUCCUCGUCCACGUCGAACGCCAGCGCUUCGUCUGUCGACAGCUUCUCCGCGAACACCGGCAUGCAGCUUCACUGGAUUCCCUGA